AUGAUAAGUCGAACAGAAUAUGUGGCAAACUUAGGAGGUUCAACAGUGAUUGUCGGGGAGAUAGCUAAUUUUGCUGCCUAUGCAUAUGCUCCUGCGAUUCUGGUGACUCCCCUGGGAGCUUUAAGUAUUAUUUUCAGUGCAGUGUUAGCCCACUUUAUUUUGGAAGAGAAACUGCAUAUCUUUGGUGUGGUUGGUUGUGUUCUUUGCUUAGUGGGAUCUACCACUAUUGUUUUGCAUGCCCCACAAGAGAAAGUAAUUAAUUCUGUCAAGGACGUUUGGUACCUAGCAACAGAGCCAGGUUUCAUUAUCUACACUUGCAUAAUUUUGGUUCUGGUUGUCAUCCUCAUUUUCUGGUGUGUGCCACAUUAUGGGCAAAGCCAUAUGGUCGUAUACAUUGGAAUUUGCUCUCUUACUGGCUCUCUUACGGUUAUGAGUGUUAAAGCUGUUGGAAUAGCUUUGAAGCUGUCAUUUUCAGGGUCUAAUCAAUUCAUCUACUUUCAGACAUGGUUUUUCACUGUCUUUGUGAUCGUUUGCUGUCUUUUGCAGCUGAACUAUUUGAACAAGGCAUUGGACACCUUUAAGACUGCUGUUAUUUCUCCAGUGUACUAUGUCAUGUUUACAACCUUCACCAUCUUAGCUAGCAUGAUCAUGUUUAAGGAUUGGGACCACCAAAAUGCAUCCCAGAUUGUAACUGAACUGUGUGGCUUUGUGACUAUCCUCUCUGGGACUUUUAUUCUACACAAAACCAGAGAUAUGGGUGACAGUCCAACGUCGGGAGUCCCUGUCUUUUCACCUCAAAACAUUAACAUAGCCUUGACUUCCAGACAGUCAGAGAUUUGAAAUAUGCUGGCAUUGUUUCUAGUCAUUCAGUCACAUUGCAAAUGAAAGAUGCUUUGAAAAUCCGGAGAGGGGCAUCAUCAUAGGAG